AUGGGUGAAGCUGAUAUUUCUCAAGCAAGUGUUGAACAUUCAGGAGCUAGAGGACACUUCCAAAAGAAAGCAAUGCAAUCUUCUUCAAUUGUUUCUAAUUUGCUCCCUAAGACUGUAGACCUUAAGAAGUCUACUAGAGAUAAUGAUUGUGUUUCUAAUGGAGGAAGAAUUUGGGUGGGAUGGGAUCCUUCUGUUAUGAAUGCUUCAGUUCUUCACAUUUCUUUUCAAGCUAUUUUUUUGGAAGUCUCUACCUCUAUUCAGAUGAAUUUCAUUGUAACUUUUGUUUAUGGGGACAAUUAUUAUAUGAAUAAGAGAAAUCUAUGGGCUUCUUUGGAAGCUUUUGCUGAGUUUAAUUCCAAUCAUUGGUUAGUGAAUUGUAUUCAGUCUUCUCAGCUAUUUGAUCUUCCUUUUACUGACUGUUUUUACACUUGGAAUAAUUGUCAAAUGGAUGGUAGUAUUAUCAGAUCCAAGAUUGAUAGAGUUAUUAUUAAUACUGAUUGGAUUCACCAUUUCAUUCUUUCCACCGCUGAAUUUUUGGUCCCAGGUAUCUCUGAUCACCGUCCCUGCAUUAUUUCUAUUUUUGAAAAAAGAAGACAUGGGCCACCUCCUUUCAUAUUUUAUAAUUUUCUUACUGAAGAACCAGAGUUUAUCCAAAUUGUUCAUCAAUCCUGGGAUGCUUCUAUUAGAGGUAAUCCUAUGUUCCAAUUGGUUUCUAAAGUUAAAAGAGUUAAACAAGAUAUUAUUCUUUGGAAGAAGGUGAGAUUCAAAAAACUCUCUGAUAGUGUUCUUAAAGAUAAAGAGGAUAUGGAGUGUGCUCAAUUUAUGCUUCAAAAUGAUCCUCUUAAUUCUGAACUAGCAAGGAGAGAAAGAGCUUAUGUAAGAAGUAAAAAUAAUAUAUUGUCUCUCUAUAAUGCUGAUGAUGUGAAAUUGGAAGAAGACAAUGAUAUUGCAGCAGAAUGUAUUACCUAUUAUACUGAGUUGUUUAACCCUCAAGAGGACUGUAAUUUCAAUGAAGAUUGGUUUUCAGGCAUUGAGUUUAACAGUUGUAUACAACAGAUUGAUGUGCCUGAUCUAGUCAAAGAAGUUACUAGAGAAGAAGUGGUUUUUGCCCUGGCUUGUAUUGGUUCUAACAAGGCAUCUGGACCUGAUGGGUUCUCAAGUCAUUUCUUCAAAGCUAGCUGGGAGGUGGUUGGAGAUGCUUUUGUUGCUGCAAUUCAAUUUUUUUUCAUAGCUCAAAGUUAUUAA